AUGGCAGUAAAAGUUAUGAAGAGUGAGGAGAUUGAGGCAAUCACUACACGCAGCGGGGUUAAACUUCCAGAUAUUACAAUUGAGAGACAGGUGAUAGAAAAUAAAAAGGCGCCUUUUAAAGAUGAGGAACAGGUGGAUAAAUCUGAACAACUAGAUAAAGUAAUUAUAUCUCAAGAGCUAGAAAAUCUACAAGUGAAGACAACCGCUAUGAAGCUUCAUGUCAACAUCCCACUGAUUGAAGCUAUAUCUCAAAUAUCGAACUAUGCAAAGUUUUUGAAGGAGAUCCUAUCAAAAAAGAGAAGACAUACAGAUUUUGAGACCAUCAAGUUAAAUGAAGAGUAUAGUGCCAUCUUGCAAAACAAAUUACCUCCUAAGCUACAAGAUCCAAGGAGUCUCAAAAUACCUUGCUCAAUAGGGAAUGAUUCGAAUUUUAAUUGUUUAUGUGACUCAAGCGCAACGUUACUUAACUUGGGCAAAUCCUUCCAAUCAACAAGUCGAGCUGUUAUGGACUUUGAAAGUGGCAAACUAACAUUGAGAGUGGAAGAUAAACAAGAGAAGUUUAAGAUCUACAAAAAUAUCAAAAAUCCAUUACAAGAAGAGAUCAGCAAAAAGGCUAAGGAAGAGUGCAAGUUUAUUGCUGUAAAUAUACAACAAGACUCGAAGGAGACAGGGCUUAAGCAUAUAGUGAGCCUUGGAUGA